AUGUCGUCGUCUCAUAAGUAAGUUACAGUAAUCUUAGUCGCAAAUUGUGGAAAAUCAUUUUUCAUACCCUUUUCCUCAAAGUUUCCUUACUUUUCGGUCAAAAAGUUUAUGGAAGUCCUUAAAAAUCUUUUGAGCACCCCCUCCACCUCAAAACGGUUAGUAAGCUGAGCCUACUAGGCUCUGUUUUUGACCCCAACUCUUUUCUUACUAAAUAGGUCAAAAAUUAGAUAGAAAUAUCGAAAGUCCAGUUCUAAAUCCGACCAAAAUUUGUUUUAUUCCCCUCAAAAUUCAUGUUUUACCUACUACAAUAUAAACUUUCAGUUCAAAAUCGAGUGCAAACCAGGAGAAGAGCGCAAUGAAGAAGCCGGGCCAGCUGGAACUGAUCGAACCGCCACCGCCAGAAGAAAAACCUGGCAAAAAGAUAGCUUUUUUUAAAACCAUGUUCACCAAGCUGGGCGUCAGAGGCCCGGAGUCGAAAUUUCCCGACAAUUUUGUCAAACUGCACCAAGACUGCAUGAAAUAUUACGUAAGUUAUUUUAUGUUUAAACCUACUAAGCCUAAGCCUAAUAAACCUAAGCCUACUACGCCUAACAUUUCUCAGCCUAAGCCUCAUAAGCCUACGUCUACCAAGCCUAACCUACUAAGCCUAAGCCUACUAAGCCUAAUCCUACUAAGCCUAAGCCUACUAAGCCUAAGCCUACUAAGCCUAAGCCUACUAAGCCUAAGCCUACUAAGCCUAAGCCUACUAAGCCUAAGCCUACUAAGCCUAAGCCUAAGCCUACUAAGCCUAAGCCUACUAAGCCUAAGCCUACUAAGCCUAAGCCUACUAAGCCUAAGCCUACUAAGCCUAAGCCUACUAAGCCUAAGCCUACUAAGCCUAAGCCUACUAAGCCUAAGCCUACUAAGCCUAAGCCUACUAAGCCUAAGCCUACUAAGCCUAAGCCUACUAAGCCUAAGCCUACUAAGCCUAAGCCUACUAAGCCUAAGCCUACUAAGCCUAAGCCUACUAAGCCUAAGCCUACUAAGCCUAAGCCUACUAAGCCUAAGCCUACUAAGCCUAAGCCUACUAAGCCUAAGCCUACUAAGCCUAAGAAGUGCAAUUCUUCAAAGCUUAAGCCUAAUGAAACGAUUUUCAGAUAAAACUGGAAUUUCUUCACAGCAUGAUCAUGCGCACUGGCCAAGAGAACCCGGACUUUAUUAAUGCUCACGAGACCAGCGUAGUUCAAGCACCGCCGAAAGAGGAUCCGUACGAAAUUGUGAUGAGCGCCAUACCCGAGCUAAUCAGUUGGAAAGGAGAGGACGAGAAAGGCAAAGAAACCUUCGAACUAGCACAUUCUGUGAGUUGACUUAAAAUUUAUGGUCAGUCUAGUAAGUCUGAGUAUGCUAACCCUAAGCCUAGCAAGUUUAAGCCUAAGCCUACUCAGUGUGUGCUAAGGCAAAGCCUAAGUAAGCCUAAACCUAAGUAAGCCUACUAAGCCAGAACCUUUAACUGCGAUUUAAAGAAGACUUCCUUUUUCAGAUCUACCCCUAUAUGCAGCAACCGAUGCAGAAGAUGGCGUAUUAUCACCGCACAAUGCAAGCCAAAUUCACCGAUGCAACGGCGGACAUUCGCAACUACAUUUACGAAACCUGGCCCAAGUUUUUGAAAGAGUACGAGCAUUUCGAGAAAGAACACAAGAAACUGGAUGCGUCGAGAGCUGUCAGAGACCUAAAGCCAAGUGAGAAACACGACAGGGAGUACAGCCUGAUGAAGCAAAGCUUCAUGGCCAAAAUGCAAGAAGUAAGGGAAGAAUUGGAACUUGGGGAUGGUAGAUUGGAGCGUCAAAGCUAGGCCUCCACAGCAUUACGUAGUAGAGACCACUGCAGCAUUAAGUAGUGGAGACCACUACAGCAUUAAGUUGCCAAUUUACGAUCUACUUUCAGAUGAUGAACAAAAUGGAAGCCCUGAAAAUGGAACGAGACAAGCACGCUUCGGAAGUGAUGGACCUCCUACGAAUCCUUCAAACGUUUCACUGCGCCUGCGAAAAAUUCUGCUUUAAUUUUGUCUUGGCUCACAAAUCAGCGUACGGAUACAAGGCCAAAGAUGCACAAACAGUGGAGAAGAAGUAA